CACGGCUUCUUUACACCCAUUCAUUCCCGAGAAUUUAUUACAUGCCCAUAGUAGGAGCUGAGCCGAAAAGACGGGGUCCCUGCCCCUAGACUUCGGUCUUAAUGUGCUUUUUGCAAAAAGGGAAUGAUUUUGUGAUGGAGAAUUCCCCGUGACCGAUGGACUCAAAGAAGAAAAGCUCUACAGAGGCAGAAGGAUCCAAAGAAAGAGGCUUGGUCCAUGUCUGGCAGGCAGGAUCCUUUUCCCUAACACCGGAGAGGUUGCCAGGCUGGGGAGGAAAGACUGUUCUACAAGCAGCCCUGGGAGUGAAGCAUGGAGUUCUUCUGACUGAAGAUGGUGAGGUCUACAGCUUUGGGACCCUUGCCUGGAGAAGUGAACCAGCAGAAGUUUGUCCAAGUAGCCCCAUUCUAGAAAAUGCUUUGGUUGGGCAUCAUGUUGUUACUGUGGCUACAGGGAGCUUCCACAAUGGAGCAGUGACAGAUGGUGGCGUAGUGUACAUGUGGGGGGAGAAUUCUGCUGGCCAGUGUGCAGUAGCUAACCAGCAGUAUGUGCCAGAACCGAACCCUGUCAGCAUUUCUGAUUCUGAGACCAGUCCUUUGUUAGCAGUCAGAAUUUUGCAGUUGGCAUGUGGCGAGGAGCAUACUCUGGCAUUGUCAAUAAGCAGAGAGAUUUGGGCCUGGGGUACCGGUUGCCAACUGGGUCUCAUCACCACUACCUUCCCAGUGACAAAGCCACAAAAGAUAGAACAUCUUGCUGGGCGAGUGGUGCUACAAAUUGCCUGUGGUGCUUUCCACAGCCUAGCCCUUGUGCAGUGCCUCCCGUCCCAGGAUCUGAAGCCAGUCCCCGAAAGAUGCAACCAGUGCAGCCAGCUCCUAAUUACUAUGACCGACAAAGAAGACCAUGUGAUUAUAUCAGAUAGUCAUUGUUGCCCUUUAGGUGUGACGCUGUCAGAAUCCCAGGCAGAAAACCAUGCCAGCACUGCCACCAGCCCCUCCACCAAGACCCUUGAUAGUCAGGGAGAAGUAUUUGAGAACACUCUUGUAGAAACUGGUCUACCUGUUCCAACUGAAUUGAACAUGGGAAGUGUUGAGACUGCAAGUGACAAUGCCAUUUCCUCCCAUCAAAAUGAUGAGGGAACAACUGAAAUUUCUUCCGCCAGAAACUUACCAUCAUACCCCGACACAAAGGCAGUAAAUGAGUACUUGAAGAAACUGUCAGAUCAUUCAAUAAAGGAGGACUCAGAGAAGGGCGAAAAAACACCACCACCUCAGCCUCUUGUAGAAGAAGCAGUUCCUAAUCUUCACAGCCCACCAACCACAAGCACCUCAGCCCUCAACAGCUUGGUGGUCUCUUGUGCAUCUGCUGUUGGUGUGAGAGUGGCAGCUACAUAUGAAGCCGGAGCCUUGUCUCUAAAGAAAGUUAUCAACUUUUAUAAUACAGCCCCUUGUGAAACUGGAAUUCAGACAGGCCCUGAAACUCUGAAAGAUAGUAGAGAAGAACAGGUUAAACAGGAAUCAAUGCAAGGAAAGAAAAGUUCAAGUCUCGUGGAUAUCAGAGAGGAAGAAUCUGAGGGAGGCAGUCGCAGACUCUCCCUCCCUGGAUUGCUGUCACAAGUUUCCCCCAGGCUCUUAAGAAAGGCUGCUCGGGUGAAAACGAGAACAGUGGUUCUGACCCCCACAUACAGUGGAGAGGCAGAUGCACUUCUGCCUUCUCUGAGAACUGAGGUGUGGACCUGGGGAAAAGGGAAGGAGGGGCAGCUGGGGCAUGGCGAUGUGCUGCCCAGACUUCAACCAUUGUGUGUCAAAUGUCUGGAUGGUAAAGAAAUCAUCUAUCUGGAGGCAGGUAGUUACCAUUCUCUUGCACUUACUGCAAAAUCUCAGGUUUACUCAUGGGGAAGCAAUACCUUUGGUCAGCUUGGGCAUUCUGAUUUUCCAACAACAGUUCCUCGACUUAUAAAGUUAAGCAGUGAAAAUGGAGUCUGGAAUGUAGCUGCAGGCCAGGAUUUUUCCCUGUUUUUAGUGGAUACAGAAGAUUUCCAGCCUGGAUUGUAUUACAGUGGCCGACAGGACCCUGAAGAAGGUGCCAGUCUUCCAGAGAAUCCUAGUGGUACUAAGACUCCAGUACUUCUCUCUUGUAGCAAGCUUGGAUAUAUAAGCAGAGUAACGGCAGGAAAAGAUAACUAUCUUACAUUGGUAGACAAAAACAUUAUGGGGUAUAUCGCCAGUCUCCAUGAGUUGGCUACUACAGAAAGACGGUUCUAUUCAAAACUAAGUGAUAUCAAGUCUCAGAUACUCAGGCCUCUUCUCGGUUUAGAAAAUUUGGGUACUGUGACUACAGUCCAGCUGUUGCAGGAGGUGGCAAGCCGAUUCAGCAAGCUGUGUUACUUAAUUGGCCAACAUGGAGCCUCACUGAGUAGCUUCCUUCAAGGGGUAAAGGAAGCCAGGAGUUUGGUCAUUCUGAAGCAUGCAAGUCUCUUCUUGGAUAGUUAUACAGAGUAUUGUAUAUCAAUUACAAAUUUCCUGGUUAUGGGUGGAUUCCAACUUCUUGCUAAGCCUGCCAUUGAUUUCCUAAAUAAAAACCAGGAAUUGUUGCAAGAUUUAUCAGAGGUGAAUGAUGAAAAUACUCAAUUAAUGGAAAUACUGAAUACAUUGUUUUUCUUGCCAAUCAGACGACUUCAUAAUUAUGCAAAAGUUUUGCUAAAGCUUGCUACUUGCUUUGAAGUGACAUCUCCAGAGUAUCAGAAACUGCAGGAUUCCAGUUCUUGUUACGAGUCUCUUGCUCUCCAUCUCGGCAGGAAAAGAAAAGAAGCAGAGUAUACAUUGGGUUUCUGGAAGACCUUUCCAGGAAAAAUGACGGAUUCCUUGAGGAAGCCAGAGCGCCGGCUGCUGUGUGAGAGCAGUAACCGAGCCCUCUCUCUGCAGCAUGCUGGCAGGUUUUCUGUGAAUUGGUUCAUUCUCUUUAAUGAUGCCCUCGUCCAUGCCCAGUUCUCCACACACCAUGUAUUCCCUUUGGCCACACUGUGGGCAGAGCCACUUUCUGAAGAAGCUGGAAGUGUGAAUGGCUUGAAGAUAACUACCCCUGAAGAGCAGUUUACUCUCAUAUCAUCAACACCUCAGGAAAAGACUAAGUGGUUACGGGCUCUAAGCCAAGCUGUGGAUCAGGCUUUGAGGGGGACUUCUGACCUUCCACCUUAUGGAAGUAGCAGCAGUGUUCAGAGGCAGGAACCACCCAUUUCACGCAGUGCCAAAUAUACUUUCUACAAGGAUCCCCGCCUAAAGGAUGCCACUUACAAUGGGCGCUGGCUCUCAGGAAAGCCUCAUGGAAGAGGGGUUUUGAAGUGGCCGGAUGGAAAGAUGUACACUGGCAUGUUCAGGAAUGGCUUGGAAGAUGGGUAUGGAGAAUACAGAAUCCCAAACAAGGUUCUGAACAAAGAAGAUCAUUAUGUGGGCCACUGGAAAGAAGGAAAGAUGUGUGGCCAAGGUGUCUAUAGUUACGCCUCUGGUGAAGUGUUUGAAGGCUGUUUUCAAGAUAACAUGCGUCAUGGUCAUGGUCUCCUCCGAAGUGGAAAAUUAACUUCUUCUUCUCCCAGCAUGUUCAUUGGCCAGUGGGUGAUGGAUAAGAAAUCAGGAUAUGGUGUCUUUGAUGAUAUCACAAGGGGAGAAAAAUAUAUGGGAAUGUGGCAAGAUGAUGUAUGCCAGGGGAAUGGAGUGGUAGUUACCCAGUUUGGAUUAUAUUAUGAAGGCAACUUCCACGUUAAUAAAAUGAUGGGAAAUGGGGUUUUACUUUCUGAAGAUGACACUAUCUAUGAGGGAGAAUUUUCUGAUGACUGGACUCUAAGUGGAAAGGGAACACUGACUAUGCCAAAUGGAGAUUACAUUGAAGGCUAUUUUAAUGGAGAAUGGGGAUCUGGGAUAAAAAUUACUGGAACUUACUUCAAACCUAGUCUGUAUGAGACUGAUAAAGACAGACCCAAAGUUUUCAGGAAGCUAGGGAACUUGGCAGUGCCACCAGAUGAGAAGUGGAGAGCAGUGUUUGAUGAGUGUUGGCAUCAGCUGGGCUGUGAGAGCCCAGGCCAAGGGGAAGUUUGGAAAGCAUGGGAUAAUAUUGCUGUGGCUUUGACCAUCAAUCGGCGCCAGCACAAAGACAGUCCAGAAAUAUUAAGUCGUUCACAGACUCAGACACUAGAGAGUUUGGAAUUCAUUCCCCAACAUGUUGGUGCCUUCUCUGUGGAGAAAUAUGAAGACAUUAAGAAAUAUUUAAUAAAGGCCUGUGACACUCCACUGCAUCCACUGGGCAGACUUGUGGAGACACUAGUCGCAGUAUAUAGAAUGACAUACGUAGGUGUGGGAGCCAACCGUCGACUACUGCAGGAGGCAGUAAAGGAGAUUAAGUCAUACCUUAAGCGACUUUUCCAGCUAGUGAGGUUCUUAUUUCCUGAACUUCCUGAAGAAGGAAGUACAAUUCCUCUCUCUGCUCCUUUGCCAACUGAAAGGAAAUCAUUUUGCACUGGGAAGUCAGAUUCCAGAUCUGAAUCUCCAGAGCCAGGUUACGUCGUAACAAGUUCUGGAUUACUGCUUCCUGUGCUACUACCUCGGCUCUACCCACCAUUGUUCAUGCUCUAUGCCUUGGAUAAUGAUCGUGAGGAAGACAUUUACUGGGAAUGUGUUCUGCGUUUAAAUAAGCAGACAGAUACUGCUCUCUUGGGCUUUCUUGGAGUUCAGAAGAAAUUUUGGCCAGUGACCUUGUCAAUCCUUGGAGAGAGUAAAAAGGUUUUACCAACUACGAAAGAUGCUUGUUUUGCUUCAGCAGUAGAAUGCCUGCAGCAGAUCAGCACAACCUUUACCCCAUCAGACAAACUUAAGGUCAUCCAGCAGACUUUUGAAGAGAUCUCUCAGAAUGUCCUGGCAUCACUCCAGGAAGACUUCUUAUGGUCCAUGGAUGACCUUUUCCCCGUUUUCUUAUAUGUGGUGCUACGGGCCAGGAUUAGGAAUUUAGGCUCUGAGGUGCACCUCAUUGAGGACUUGAUGGACCCCUAUCUUCAGCAUGGGGAACAAGGUAUAAUGUUCACCACCUUGAAGGCAUGUUACUACCAGAUUCAGCGUGAGAAGCUUAACUAAACUGCUUAACAGCUUGCAAAUGGGAUUAUCUACCACCAAGCAUUAUAGCGCCAUCUGGAAUCUUCUUGCAGUGACAAAAAAGAACAAUAUUGAAAUUGGAAAGGACUUUGUAUUAUUUGGUCAUUAUUUCUGAGCCUUACUAAUAAUUAGAAUCCUGAGCCCACAGGGAAGACAGAGACUAUAGCUUUAAGAGAGAAUGAAACCUAAUUAGAUCAGUCCUUGGGCUGUGUUCAGUUCCAAAGGUUUCAUACAUCUACUACUUGGAAAACAAGGCUAUCCAUUCCCACAGAGAAGGAUAUGUCAACCACAUGAUAUUGUAAGAAAAAUUCCCAGCAUGGUCAGCUUCUUACAUUAAAGAAGUUGGUGAAUAUUUUUGAGUUUCUGGUUUGCCUGAAUCCAUCUGCAGCUUCCCUGGAUCCCUUGGCAAGAAGCAGGCUGAAACUACGGCAGCCACACUGCGCCUCCAUAGGCCCUUUCCAGUCACGUGUGCAGCAUGCUUCUGUGCUAGGGAUGGGAAAAGAAAUUUUUAAACUGCAGUUUUAACUUUUUCUAAGCUUUUACACUAGAGUAGUGCAGAGACUACCACACCCUAACCCCAAACAUGGAGAGCAUCCACAUAGCAGUGUUCUGCCACUUGAUUAAAAUCAACAUAGGAAUUUUGUUUUUGGUGUCCUCAGUAACACAGAGUCAAUACACUGGAAUUAAAAUGCCCAUCAGCAUUUGUCUGUACGCAACACUGGAUUCCAAUGCUUGGGACUAAAAGUCUGACAAGCUUCUGCAAGGAACCUGUUAUAUGGAAUACCAACGAAAGAACUGCAGUAUUCCCCGGCCUUUGUUGUGGUUCUUUACCUCGCACUGAAUCAGAUGGGAAGAAAGAGGAAAGAAGCUUUGGCUUUUCCCAUCUCAAAAGUAUUAUGGCACCUCAACAUUUUAGUGUUUUGUUUUGUUUUGUUUUUUCACUGUCCUACUGUAGGUUGUUGGUGUACACUGUACUAGUGACACUAGUAGCUGUUAUGGAUAAUAUAGGUGCUCUUUAUCAUCUCAACCCAUACGUACCAUGGUGAGCGGACAUAAUGUUCUGAUUAGGUGAAGUGACUCCGCAGAUGUUAACAGCUUCUGAAAAAACGAUCAUGGUUCCUGCUCUACUUUCUAAUCAAGACAAAUGUUUGUUAAAAUAUUGUUUUGGAAUGUUGGCUGUAAUGUUACAGCAAUUUUCAUAAUAAAUUUCAUUCAUCUUUA